AUGGAUCCUGUCUCUCCAGAAAGGAGGUUGUUACCCUCUUCCUCACUUACUAACAAUGCAAGUAAAAGGAAGUACAAACCUUUCAACUGCUUCAGUAACUACUGUAAAGAAUUAAAGUCUCGUUCAUUGAGUUUACCUUUAAUCCUCCUACUGAUUUAUGUUCUGCCAAUUGAAAUUUUCAUUGAAAUUACUGUCUUGAACAGUAACCUGUUCAGCCAGUGUGACUUCUUUCACUCUGUAAGUGAUACAUUUACUUGGGAUAUAGCACUUAUAGCAAAUGUACUCUAUCUUCUCGCCCCUUUCUGUGGUUGUUUAUCAGAUACUAAGAUUGGUAGAGGUAAUGCUAUUUAUCUUGGUCUAUGGCUUGGUUGGAUAGGUGCUCUAAUACAGGCCGUAGGAUGCUGUUUGCAGUAUAACUCUUUUCAGUGCAGUACUGUUUCUUUUAUAGGGAGAGUUGUAAUCCCUUUUGUUUUCAUGUUAGUCUCGUUGUCACUCCUAUUACCUAAUAUAUUACCAUAUGGUAUAGAUCAGUUGAUGAAUGAAUCUACUGUCAAGAUAAGAGCAUUCAUUCACUGGUUUGUACUCUGCCUUUAUAGUAGUGUUGCAUUCCUGACUUAUAUUUCAGAUGAAGUUACGAUUUCAGUUGUAGCCCUUGUUCUCUUUUCUUUUUCUCUUUGUCUUCAUUUUUUCUUUAAGCAUCGUUUUGAGCACAUACCUAUUCCUAAUCCUUAUAAAAUUGUAUUUAAAGUAUUGAAGUUUUCUCUCAAAACUAGUCACACUAGAAGACAGCAUCGUAGUGCAUUCACAUACUGGGGAGAGGAGCCCAGUAGAAUGAAUCUUGCUAAGGAGAGAUAUGGUGGUUGUUUCUCUCAUGAAGAAGUGGAAAAUGUAAAGACUUUUCUACGUAUUGCUGUUGUUUUGGCUACUGUUUUCUCCUUAUUUGUUUCUGCUCUUUUAUUUCUAUUUAAUUUAUCUCAGUUUACUGCACAAUUUAAAAAUGGUUCUAAAGAAAAUGCUAGAGAUGCUAUUUGGUUUUUUGGUAUUGCUGUUCCUUUGUUUGUUCUGGUCCCUUUGUUUGAACUAGUUAUUCUACCUCUUUUCCCUAAAUUAGAAUAUUUCCUAAUUAAUCCAUUGAAAGGAGUUGGUUUAGCUUAUAUUCUCAUCAUAUUAUCAAUUGUUAGUGUUUUUCUCAUUGACUUGAUUGGAAGAAUUGUUGCUGAUAAUGACUCCAAUGUGCCUUGUUUCUUCAAUUGGAAAUCGAUCCAUCAAACAAUUAAUAUUUCCUAUUGGAUACUACUCAUACCAUCAGUAUUAGCUGGUACAUCAUAUUUUCUCACAUGGAUAUAUUCAUUUGAGUUCCUGUGUUGUCAGUCUCCUUUCGGUAUGCAUGGGAUGAUUAUUGGACUGUUCUGGUUUUUGCAUGGUAUAUUCACUGACUUUGCAAUUGGUAUUUUGUUAGUAUUCUAUUAUCACCCUAUGCAUUCAGUCACAUUUAUGUCAUGUACUUCAUGGCUCUCUCUGCUAUUUGGUAUAAUUGCUGGUAUUGGAUUAGUGGUGUAUGUAUUAAUAGCUCGAUGGUAUGUCAAUAGGGUCAGGGAUACUGAUCUUGGUCUACGUGCAGCAGUAGAGGAACAUUGGGAGAAUAGACUGACAUCUGAAAAUGUCACUGAAGCAGAAGAUUUUCUUAUUUCAAGUUUUAAAUGA